ACGUAUUUUGGACUAUGUACCAUCUAUGAUAUACAUAAAUACCCAUCUCCCUUAGUCCAGACAAAAGCUAUGUGAGGCUGGAAAUACUGUCCCAGUUUUACAGCUGAGCAGGUGGUGAAGACUAGGUUUGAAUCCCAAGUGUGUGUAGAUGACUCCAGAAUGCUUCCUCUUUUAUUGUCCUGACUCACUUGUUGAGUGGUUUGUCUGUAGAUUAAUGGUUUUCAGAUGGUGCUGUAAGGCUCUGUACAGAUCCUUGGAAGUUUGGGAAAAAAUGAUUUUUUUUGUUUUUUUUCUUGAGGAAUCAGUCCUUCCCUUUGACUUGUUUUUUAUAUUUGGGUUUGGAAAGAGUUGCUCUGCCUAAAACAUUUGAAGCUUCCUUCCCUAGAAACCUGAGACCUAUCUAGAAUGAAUAUGUAUCAGAAAAUAAAAAUGUAAGUAAUAGUAAUUUAUAUUUGUUAGCAAACAGACUGUAUCUAUUUUCAGUGAUCUUUCUAUUCCUAAUGAUGUUUUGUGUAGCUUAAUGUUAAAAUAAGUUUGAAGUGAUCGAAUGUACUAUUAAUAGGGUGGGGAAGUGAUUAGAAUUAAAAUUUGAUGUGGAAAGUGGGUAAGCUACAAUUUACUGCACAGGGUUCUCUUCCCACUACCAGCUCCUGCCGUGUUUAAAGGCUGCCCUAUAAGCAUGAUGUAAUGACAGGUUAAACCCCUGAGUGUACUACCUGACGCAGUGCAAAUCUGAGGCCCAGGACUUUAUUGGGGCACGGGUAAUGCUUCUUUAAAAACAAAACAAGCUUCUCUGUUUAAUGAGGCCAUUUAAGAUGCUUUUCCCAGAGUGGGAAGAGAAUAUAAUCUCCGUUUGGAGGUUGAAGAAGGAAUUUAAUAUGGUUAUGUGUGUUUACUACUCUCACUGUAGUUUUUUCAAAGGGAGAGAGGGUGUUUUAAAGUAUGGUGCCAACAGGGGUAGAAGUGAAGUGAGUUAGAAAUUGAGGAAAUAUGGUAGUUGACAUCUGGUAAAUAGUUACUGAAUGAAGAGAGGAGAGUGCUUUCAUUCUAUAAACACUUAAGUGUUCACGGUUAACCAGCCACCGUGGUGGCCAUAUAUUUCCCAAAUACUCUCUGUAGGUCUUAGUUUGAAAUCAUACCAAAUCGUUAGUAUCUGUUUUGUUCUACAAAAAGGCAUGUUUCUGCCUAAAUGUAAGCUGGUGGAAAUAUGCUGAGGUGUGCACAUUGUCUUUGGGGGUCCAGGGGUGGGUCUGAGUUGCACAGCGCAGUGUCCUAGAGCAGACCCAGAGAAGUCCUGAGCUGGGAGGGCGGAGCUUGUGGGCGUACCCACCGCGUCCGCCCCGCCCCAACAGCCCCGCCCCACGCUAGCUGCGGCUGGGCGCUGCGAGCCUGAGGCUCGUUGGCACUGUGGACUGGAGCAGGCUUUCCCAGCAGUAGGCAGGCCCCAGCCCCGGGCUCCGCGUGGAUCUCCCCGCGGGCCGGACCCUGCAGUGACUCCAGAGCUGACUCCAAGAGCACGCUUGCUCCAGCCUCCUCGCAUCCUAAGGCCCUGUCCUUCCCCGGAGCUGGUUAGCUAAUGAAUCAGGGGAAGACAAACUUCCAGGACCGACAGUUUAGGGCCCAGUAGAAGACGGCUCGGUGAUGGCGCCCAUUUUUGGAAACACAGGCGAAUUUGAGCUCGCAUUGGAGGUGUGGUCGAUUCCUGUUGGGACGGGAAAGGCUUCAUUUCUCGGCUGCUGCGGUAGCCUGUGCUUCUGAAGAGUGAAUGGAGUGUUACAGAGCAGGGCACUUACCUUCGCUUCUUGAAAACUUGACAUCGGACAUGGUUAGGAACAGAAGGUGUCCAGGAGGAGCCUCUGUUACAAAUCGUAUUUGCUUCUGGGGGAAAGGCUGUGAGCUGCCUGGCUUCUCAUGACCGGGAAGUCUACCUCACCUUUUCUGUACUCCUGGAGAGGCAUCUUGCUCACAUGUUUACCUGCAGCUGGGACAAGGAAAAGAAAAGAAAUGAGCCGCCAGACUGCAACAGCAUUACCCACUGGAACCUCAAAGUGUACGCCGUCCCAGAGGGUGCCUGCCCUGACUGGCACAACCGCAUCCAAUAAUGACUUGGCGAGUCUUUUUGAGUGUCCGGUCUGCUUUGACUAUGUGUUACCACCCAUUCUUCAGUGUCAGAGUGGCCAUCUUGUUUGUAGCAACUGUCGCCCAAAGCUCACAUGUUGUCCAACCUGCCGGGGCCCGUUGGGAUCCAUUCGCAACUUGGCUAUGGAGAAGGUGGCCAAUUCCGUACUUUUCCCUUGUAAAUAUGCCUCUUCUGGAUGUGAAAUAACUCUGCCACACACAGAAAAAGCAGACCAUGAAGAGCUCUGUGAGUUUAGGCCUUAUUCGUGUCCGUGCCCCGGUGCUUCCUGUAAAUGGCAAGGCUCUUUGGAUGCUGUAAUGCCCCAUCUGAUGCAUCAGCAUAAGUCCAUUACAACCCUACAGGGAGAGGAUAUAGUUUUCCUUGCUACAGACAUUAAUCUUCCAGGUGCUGUUGACUGGGUGAUGAUGCAGUCCUGUUUUGGCUUUCACUUCAUGUUAGUCCUGGAGAAACAGGAAAAGUACGACGGUCACCAGCAGUUCUUUGCAAUUGUACAGCUGAUAGGAACACGCAAGCAAGCUGAAAAUUUUGCUUAUCGACUUGAGCUAAAUGGUCAUAGGCGGCGAUUGACUUGGGAAGCGACUCCACGAUCUAUUCAUGAGGGAAUUGCAACAGCCAUUAUGAAUAGCGACUGCCUAGUCUUUGACACCAGCAUUGCACAGCUUUUUGCAGAAAAUGGCAAUUUAGGCAUCAAUGUAACUAUUUCCAUGUGUUGAAAUGGCAAUCAAACGUUUUCUGGCCAGUGUUUAAAACCAUUGCAUUCAGUUUCACAGAGAAUAAGGCACCCAUCUGCCUGCCAACCUGAAACUUUUGGUAGGUGGAAGCUAGACACAUGAAGGUAAAUAAGAGGAAAGGCUGUUAAAUACAGGAAACAGUUGCAUGUAGUAACACUAAUAUAUUUAAAAAUAAGUCAACAGUAAACCACUGAAAAAAAUUAUAUAUAUACACCCAAGAUGGGCAUCUUUUGUAUUAAGAAAGGAAGCAUUGUAAAAUAAUUCUCAAUUUGUGUUGUAGAUUGAGUGUACUGUUGAAAAAUACCGGGUUUUUGUUUGUGUGUGUGCCUGCAAGUUUGUGUGCGUGUGUGUGCGUGUGUGCGUGUGCGUGUGUGUGUGUGUGUUUUUCUUUAACCGACAAGCCAUGUUGCGUGGUCUUGGGCCACUGCUUUUCCCUUUGUGAGUCAAUACAUAGUGCUGCUGUGUGUGUAUAUUUUUUUGUGUGUAUUUGCUAAUUUUUAUUAAUUCUAGUUUUUCAUUAAAUAAAUUUGACUUUCUUUUCUGUAAUUCAGGUUUUUCCUCACUUUAUUUUGUACCUUUUUAAAGUUAGUGUCUUUUUGAUAUGCAUAAUUGUUUAUGGUAAAAUUUAUACAUGUGUGUUCAGUACGUAUUUUCCUUUCCCUCAUUAAUCAGUUCAUUAGAAAUAUUUUCAAUUCAACUCUUUUGUGAAGAUAUGAAUUCCAGAAAGGAAAGGUAACAUCAGAAUUAUCAGGAGGUAUUUAAAGCAGUUAUAAGAUGGUCUCUGUCUCUGUCUCUUUUUCUCCACUUGAGUCAUAUCUUUGAACUUAUUCUUUAAAAGGUUAGGGAAUACUGAUUUUUUUUUUUUUUAAAUUCUGGAAAAAAAAUCAGGCUUUUUUCUUCCAAAUAUCUUGGACAAAUCACUUGUUUAAAAUUUGUUCUUGUAUUUAUUGGUUUUGCAAAAGAAGGCAUCGUCUUAGACAGUAUUUGUAAUCAAAAGCAAAUCAUUUGUUUAAAAAAAGGCAGUUUGCAAAAAAUGUUUUUGGUCUUUUAUAAUUCUCAUUAAAAGAAUAUCUGGCAAAUUAAAAA